AUGAUUGAGGGAAUGGUAAAGGAUGGUGUUAUUGAACCAUCAUCUAGUCCAUGGUGUUCACUUGUGGUGCUGGUAGAAAAGAAGGACGGCACCAUGCGAUUUUGUGUUGACUACCGCCGCCUAAACGACGUUACGAAGAAGCACAGCUAUUCCUUGCCAAGAAUUGAAGACACGCUAAACGUGCUUACAGGAGUAAAGUGGUUUAGCACGCUGGACUUGAAAAGUGGUUACUGGGAGGUUGAAAUUGACCCUAAGGACAAGGACAAAACUGCAUUCUCGACAGGAAAGGGUCUGUGA